GGUGACCGGGACCUGUUGGGCCCUGAGGGCAUCCGAGAUGCUUGCCGAGAUCCAGGCCAAGCCCCAAAACUCUGACUCUGGUCAGCAACCCUCCAGUGUCUGUGUCAGGAGGCUGUCUGCAAGAAACGCAAAGAAGAAAGCAGUAUUCUGGGGCAUUGAGGUGGCUGAAACACUCAGGUGGCAUGGCUGGGAACUUGGGAAAGAGAUGAUCAAACACCUGAUCUUGAAAAAUGUCCAUGAGAAAACCCAGAAGCUGAGCUACAGGUGUCCUUCCACGCAAUUCUUCUUCACUGUUUUCCCACAGCCAAUCACUCUGAGCCCUGGUAUCUCCUUAAGUCUGCCCAUCGUUUUCCGGCCCACUGAAAAGAAGGAGUAUGAAGACAGCAUCUGCUUUAAGAAGGCUGAGGGUGAGUUCUCUGUCUCCCUGCAUGCUACGCUUCCACGUGUCUGUCUGUCCUUCCCAGCUGCUGUCCAGUUGCCCACCUGUGCUGUCCACAAUGCCACGGAGACAACAUUCCCUGUGCGAAACAUUGGUGAUCUUGCUACUGUGUUUGCCUGGGAGACACCAAGCCCUUUCAGCAUGAUUCCUGACUGCUGCAGGCUGGAUCCAGGUGCUGAGUGCAUGGUCAAGGUAUUAUUCCAACCCAAGGUGGCUGUGAUGUAUGAUGUGGCAGCAACGUGCUCAUUUGGAGAUGAGAAACAAAAAAGGACUAUCCAGCUAAAAGCCCUGGCAAAAUACCCGUACCUGCAGGUGAACGUGACAGGGGAGGAGUAUGGAGGUCCACAGCCUGGAAAGUUUCAGGAUGUGCUGUGCUUUGGAUCAGUGCCAGUGGGGACAACUGUGGAGAAACGUGUAGAAAUCAUCAACAUGUCUAUGGUUGAUGCACCUUGUAGGAUAGAAAGAGCAAAAGAUCCUUGCCUUCGAGAUAGUGUUUUCUCCUGUGAUGUGUCCAAAGGUGUUGUCCCUGCCAAUGGGAAGCUGGUCUUGAGCAUACAAUUUCAUCCGCAGACUGUAGGAAAGCAUAGUACUGAUUAUUUCACUGUCACAUCUGCUGGAUGCCUCCUGCAGACUGUCCUGAAGGUGGUUGGCUCAUGUAAAGGUCCUUUGGUGUGCCUGCACCAAUAUUCUGUGAACUUUGGCUGGAUCAAUCUUGGAGAAAGUUUGAUGCAAACUCUGAAAAUCAGCAACCACUCAGAUGUCCCAGCCUAUUACCAAUUUGAUAUUGAUGUCAGAGGGAGCGUCUUCUCCUUGGAUCGCCCCUGUGGUGUAUUGGAAGGCACAACAACAAUAGCUCUGAAGGUGAUCUUUGGACCUACUCACCCCAUCAUCUACCACCGCAGAGUGGCAUGUCUUGUCCACCAUCAGGAACCCUUGUAUGUGGACUUUUUUGGUACCUGCCAUUCAGACACAGCUAAGCCAGCCAUCCUGCAGGCAAAACACCUCUCCUGGUACCGAACCAACAUGGUGAGGGAACUGACCUUAUACCCCCCUGAUAUUUUGACUGAGAUGCUGAAGGAUGGAAAGUUGCAGGUGGAUGAAAAGGGAGCCCUCAUGCUGGCCCCCAAGAUCCCAAAGGACAAGCAAACCAAGGAAUACUUUGAAGCCAACUCCAUGACUGAGUAUUUCUACAAUGCUGUAAGCAGUGACCUGGCCUUGUUUCCCCCUCAUGUUAGUGUCAGCCCUACUGAGCAUGAUUUUGGUUGCUGCGUGCCACUCCACAAGGUAGAACCACUUCCUCUCUGUGUGACCAACCACACCAAAGGAAAGAUCACUGUUGCCUGGACUCUGAGCCACAGCAGUGCCUUCCGAGUGAGCCCAGAAAUCUGGGAUAUCCCACCUUUGAAGUCUUCAGCCUUUCGUGUCCUUUUCCAGCCCACUCAGCUCAACAGUCACUAUGCAGCGGAGCUGGAAGGUUUUGCCUUCUACAAGGUGCUGUCACACUAUGACAACAUCAAGAAGGAUGCCACCAUCUGUCCAUCCUGGUGCCUGACUGUCAGGCUGAGAGCACACACAUAUGAAGCAGAAAAGGAGCACCUUAUCCCACAGUAUGUCCUGGAUGUCCCCAAGGAUUUUCCUCCUGUGGCUCCUGACACUGAUACCUACUGCAGUAUGCUGCUCUUGAACACUGGCACCUCUCCAAUAACCUUCAGUGUCAACCAAGCUGCCUGUCCAUCAGUUUUGGUCAAACCCUGCUCAGGCCACAUCGUUCCACGAUGCCACCAGAUUUUCUAUCUCUCCACUCACCCACUUAACACAAUCUCGCAGCAGCAUGUCCUGCCUUUGCAGCUGAACUCUUGUCCUGGAUACACCAAGGAGAUCACUCUCCAGAGCUGUGGGGAGUCCCUUCUUUUACUCUUAGAAGGUGGUGGAAAUCUAUACUUCAAGCCUGUCUAUGUAGGUUCCUCUUGUAAACAAAUGUAUACCAUAAAAAACUGCACAAGGCUACCCAUGAUUUUCACAUGGAAGAUCCAUCAAUCUGACAGCAAGAUCCUGUCUGUCAGGCCCCCUACAGGGAUCCUCCAGCCCUAUGAAGCCAUGGCUCAGGAGUGGACUUUUACUCCUGACAAGGAGAUCAAGUAUCUGCUGCGUGCUUUGGUUUUUGUGAGGAGGAAAAACCCAGACCCUGUGUCUCCUAAAGGUGCCCGUUAUGCCUUACGGAUUGUUGGAGAGGGGGUGUUGGGCGUCAUCAGGGCACAAAAGGAGCACUUGGAUCUUGGAAAUGUCAUUGUUGGUGACCUGCAAAGCUGCAGCAUUGUACUGCUAAAUGAUGGGAUCUGUUCUCUAAAGUACAUCCUCAGCGUGGAACAACACAUCACUGGGCUUUGUGACCCUGAGGAGGUCCACAGUGAUCCACUGGCUCUAGAGCUGGAACACUCCAGAGGGACAAUUCCUGCAAGGUCAAAAUCUUUGGUCCAAGUAACAGUCAAGCUAGUCCGUCGGCUGCAUUACACCUGGUUAAUCAAAUAUGCUAUCUGCACCCCCACAGCUACAGAUCUUGCAAGCACAAAAGAGGAGCAGCAGUCCCUCUGCUGCAUCAUAGCAUCAGGGGUCUACCCAACACUCUGCAUCACAGAUGCCUGUUCAUCAGGGAGUGCCAGUGGUAUCAGCAAGUUGCAUCUCUGGAGGCUUUUUUCAUUAGAUACACUGAAUAAAUACUUGGAGCAAGAUCCAACUCCCAGCCAGCUCACCUACAGAGUUCCCACAAGGCACAGCACAAGCUUGAUCCCUCCAGUGUAUACCCCUCUCCUGCUGGACUUUGACUUUGGGGCUGCCCCUAUUGGCUCAGAGCCUACCCUGGUGAUGCUCCAGCUGGCCAACAAGGGUGUGGUGCCUGUGGAGUGGGCCUUCUUGUUUCCUUCUGACCAGAAGAUAGACAUGGAGCACUGGGCAGAGGAUGCUGAGUUUAGCCCCCAGGAACUGCACCAGCUAAGAAUUCAGGAUAACCAGCUCUUCAGCCUUUCUCCAAAGUCAGGGAAACUUCUUCCAGGACAGGAGGAAUCAGUCCAGCUCUCACACAGACAUGAUUUCAUUGGCACCGACCACCUCCCUGUCCUGUUGAAGGUUUCCUACAGCCAUGAGAUUUUGCUGAACUUCAGCAGCGUGACGGUAGAACAGAACCAGCGGUACGUUCAUUUUGCAUCCACUAAGCACCUCUUCACACCCAUUGCCAUUGGGACCUCCCAUCCUCCCACACAGAUUUAUGAACUCUACAAUGGAGGCUCUGUGCCUGUGAAGUUUGAGGUUCAGCAGGACAACAUCAUGAGGAUCCAGGAGGAGAAUUUUCAGCAUUCUGUGUUUGUCUGCUUAACUCCCAGAGGAGAAAUCCCCGCUGGCAAAACAGGCCUCAUUGAGUGGGUCUUCUCACCACUGGAAGCUAGAACGUACUCGGCUGAUGUUCCAAUCUACAUCCUGGAGGGUGAAUCAGCUCUGAUCACCUUCCAGGGAGCCGGCUAUGAUCCGAAUACUGUAGGAGAGACUGCCACAUCCAAUGAAGCUUUGUCUCCUUCAGUCUGUCCAGGUUCUACCAAGCUAACUGUUCCUGGGCAGGCAGCCACCUUGUCACACCGCAGGAUUUGCUUUGGAAAUAUGCCAAACUGCUCUGAAGCCAGGCGACUUGUCUUCCUCAGCAAUAUCUUGAAGAGCAACACUAUUAGAUUUGCCUGGUGGAUGAGCACUUGUAAAGACAAGAGGGUAUUGCAGAUUGCUCCCGAGUCAGGAGUUGUGCAGCCUGGAGAGAGCAUCCCCUGCUUCAUCACGCUGCAGCCUUUGAGUGCUUCUGUCUGGAGCACAGAUCUGAUGUGUGAGGUAUAUAUCCAGGAGUCCCUGGAUCAGUAUGAGAGGGAGCUGCAGGAGUGGGAAAAGGAGAAGGAACGGCAGGCUGUGGAAUUCACCAUCACAGAGAAGGACCUUGGAACUAAGAAGAAACUAAAGUCACCCGUGGGAAGGUCAUCAGAUUCUGCUGAGACAGAAAAUCUUCCUGAAUCCUCAGCUGUGAUCAGGAAAUACAAGACAUUACCCCCUAUUAAAAACCAUGCUGAGCCAAAUCUGCCGGCUGGACAUUUGCAGAGGAGGAUGCUGUUGGACAAAGCAGCCACCUGGGUGUGGGUCAAACCAGAGCCUCCGAAGCCCAUUCUCUUACACCUUGGUAUGACAGGCAGGUCCUACUGUAUUGAGGACUUCUUCACCAGCUUCCCUUUGGAGUUCCCCAAAUACUUCCCGUCUCGCCCUUUCACCAACCUGCCCUCAGAAAGCAAGUUUGCGGCUUGGAGCAGGGAGAGAGACAGGAUGGACAAGGACCCCAAUCUGCUGUCUCUGGCUGCUGCUUCCAAAUGGGAGUUGCAGAUAGUGACUGACGUACUCAGAGGUGUCAUAAGUGACGUCCUAGAGGAUACCCACUUCCAUGAAGCAGUAAAAAGGUGCCUGGAUGAGCCCACUCCAUAUUUUUCCCAGUUCCAGUGUGCAGAGUCACCAGAGCUCCAGGACAGGAGACAGUGCUCCACGAUCCCCUCCAGGGUGUCUGCUUUGCCAGAUCUUUACUCUGAGAAGGAUAGAGAGAGAAAAGAAAUGAAGCAGGAAACCUCUCCCGACAAUAAUUUGCCAGAGUUCUGGGAUUUUUCUCACUAUGAGCAGUUGAGGGAGACUAAGCAGAUGCUCAGGAGGCAGCCAGCCUUUGGGAACCUUGUGGAGGAGGUGCUGGAAAACAUACUGCAGAAUAUCCUGAUGGAAGCCAGCUCCGGGACAGUGGUACUGACAGCUCGGGCCAGGGUCAUUCCUCUACCCCGCCGCCAUUCCCAAAGAAUCACCAAUCCAGCACCCACACCCUCAAGAUCAUAACUGCUGGCCACUGUGCUGCUUGAGCUCUCUAAGAACGUCAACUGUUUCCACUCUCCAUCCUGUCCCUAUGACAUCCAGAGCAACUCCAGUCUUCCCACACCAUGACCCGUGUUCAGCUUGCUGGCUGCCUCUGAGGAGAUAUGUCCUGAUUAUAUCCUCAGCUCCAAUCUGAAUCCUCUGGCAACUCCACAGCAGAGUUCAUGAGAUCUCUUCUCCCUGUGGCUGGCCACACCACUGGAAAAGAACCUCUGUGCUACUGGGAGCACGUGGACAACCUCUGUGAUUGUUCUCACUGUCUCCAGUCUGUACCAUCUGGGAGUGGAAUCUCCUUUAAACUGUAGCUGAGAAAGGACUGACAGAUGGGCAUUGUGGUGCUGAGCCCCUGCACACAUCAAUAAGACACAGGUACUAAAUCCUUCUCCCUUUCUUGCUCCAGUGGCUGCUGCAGGUCCCACAUACAGCAAGCCAGCCUGAGAGUGCAGCUGUCACACCAUCAAGCACACUUUGCAGCCCAAUAAAAGCAGCUUGGCCUCUGG